AUGACAGAGGCUACCGAAGCUGCCCUCUAUCCGCGAUACUGCUUCCACCUAUCGCCUACCGUGAAUACGUGGUGUCUGCUACGUGCUGUCGAGAUUCAUGCUCUAGAUCAGCAUGCUGGCUUUGAAGGGGAAAACUUCUUCUUCUACAGAAACCUCCCGAUAAAAUGGGUGCGAGUGGUUGGCAUCGUCGUGGCCAUCGAACAAUUCUUCAACCGACGGAUCUACACCAUAGAUGACAGCAGCGGCAGAAACAUUCUCGCCGUGGUUACGUCGCCAGCCCCCACAAAGCCAACAGCCGAAUCGACCGCCAGCGAGCAACGGACGGAGAAAGAUGCAGAUGCACAACAGGUUGAUCCAUAUGCAGACGUCGAUGUUGGCACAGUAGUUGAUGUGAAGGGAGGAGUGUCUUCGUUCCGCAACGAGCACCAGAUCAACAUUGAGAGGAUGACCAUUGUUAAAAGCACAGCUCAGGAAGUAGUGCUAUGGGAAAAGCGAGCAAAGUUCCGUCGCGAGGUCCUGGAGGUGCCCUGGCGGCUGCGAGACAAAGACGUUCGCCGAUGCCGCCGAGAUGCAGAG